GCGGAGCUAGGCAGCGAUAGUCAGGCAGCAUCGUCAAAGCCGACAUCAGAUGCAGACAACAACAGUGUCAGGUCGGGAGGGAGCCGCGUUUGUGUUCUCCGAUGGUGAUGGAUGUCGUGUAAAAGGUGGAAACAACAGCGCCCCGCCGCAGUAUACCUCCAAGUUUCAUCCCCAUGAAGGAGCUCCGUCCCGGCUGAGUUUGGGAGAUGGGAGUACUCAACAUUGCAGACCAGCCUCCUCUGGUCCAGGCCAUCUUCAAUCGUAAUGCUGAAGAAGUCCAGCUAUUAUUGCACAAAAAGGAGGAUGUCAAUGCACUGGACCAAGAGCGCCGUACGCCACUUCAUGCUGCUGCCUGCAUGGGUGAUGUUCAUAUCAUGGAUCUCCUCAUUGAAUCAGGUGCCAAUGUGAACGCUAAAGACCAUGUAUGGCUCACCCCCUUGCACAGGGCGGCUGCGUCCAGGAACGAAAGGGCCGUGGGUUUGCUGCUGAGGCGCGGAGCCGAGGCCAACGCCCGAGACAAGUUCUGGCAGACGGCGCUACAUGUGGCUGCAGCCAACCGAGCCACGCGCUGCGCCGAGGCUUUGCUGAGCCAGCUGAGCAACCUGAACAUGGCGGAUCGCACCGGCAGAACUGCACUGCACCACGCCGCUCAGAGUGGGUUCCAGGAGAUGGUGAAGCUGCUGUUGAACAAGGGAGCCAACUUGAGUGCCAUCGAUAAGAAGGAACGACAGCCCAUCCACUCUGCUGCUUACUUGGGCCAUGUGGAGGUUGUGAAGCUGCUGGUGUCCCGCGGCGCAGACAAAAGCAGCAAGGACAAGCAGGGCUACACAGCACUUCAUGCCGCAGCUGCAAGUGGUCACAUCGACAUUGUAAAAUACCUGCUGAGGAUGGGGACCGAGAUUGAUGAGCCCAACGGAUUUGGGAACACAGCGCUCCACAUGGCUUGCUACAUGGGCCAGGAAGCAGUGGCCACCGAGCUGGUUAACCAUGGUGCCAACGUGAACCAACCCAACAGGUGUGGCUACACACCUUUGCACCUGGCUGCUGUUUCCACCAAUGGCGCCCUUUGUCUGGAGUUGCUGGUCAACAAUGGGGCAGAUGUCAACCAGCAAAGCAAAGAAGGGAAGAGUCCCCUGCACAUGGCAGCCAUUCAUGGACGCUUCACACGCUCUCAGAUCCUCAUCCAGAAUGGUGGCGAAAUUGAUUGUGUGGAUAGAUAUGGCAAUACUCCUCUCCAUGUUGCUGCUAAGUUCGGCCACGAACUGCUGAUCAGCACUCUGAUGACCAAUGGAGCAGACACGGCAAGACGUGGGAUCCAUGGAAUGUUCCCCUUGCACUUAGCAGUGCUUUACGGGUUUUCGGACUGUUGUCGCAAGUUACUGUCCUCAGGUCAGCUGUACAGCAUCGUCUCCUCCAUGAGUAAGGAGCACGUGCUGUCGGCAGGGUUUGACAUUAACACUCCUGACAACUUUGGGAGGACCUGUCUCCACGCUGCUGCCUCUGGAGGAAAUGUUGAAUGUCUGAACUUGCUCUUAAGCAGUGGCACGGACUUGAACAGGAGGGACCUAAUGGGAAGGACACCAUUGCACUAUGCGGCUGCUAAUGGGAGGUACCAGUGCACUGUGACCCUGGUGAGCGCUGGGGCUGAGAUCAACGAGCCUGACCAAACGGGCUGUACCCCUCUGCACUACUCUGCAGCCUCACAAGCUUUCAGCAGGGGUGAUGGUAAUUUUUAUGGGAAUCAUCAGCAUGAUGAAGAAGAGGUGAAGGAGUCAUACUUCUGCUUGGAGCAUCUUCUGGACAAUGGUGCCGAUCCUUCGAUGGUUAACGCUAAAGGUUACAGCGCCGUUCACUAUGCAGCUUAUCAUGGAAACACACAGAACCUAGAGCUGCUGUUAGAGAUGUCUUUUAAUGCACUUGGGGACAUAGAGAGCAGUAUUCCUGUCAGUCCACUGCAUCUCGCUGCUGACAGAGGCCACUGGCAGGCAUUGCGUGUACUGACCGAGACUGCUGCCUAUGUGGAUAUGCAAGAUGCCGCUGGCCGCUCUGUGCUCUACCUGGCUGCCCAGAAAGGCUACGCCCGAUGUGUGGAGGUGCUCUUGGCUCAGGGGGCUUCGUGUCUUCUUAACGACAACCGCCUCAUUUGGACCCCAAUUCAUGUUGCAGCUGCUCACGGAUAUUCAGACUGUCUGCACAAGAUGAUUGAAUGUGGGGAGGAAGGAGACCUCACCAAUGUGGCGGACAAGUUUGGCCAGACACCUUUGAUGCUUGCUGUUCUCGGGGGUCACACUGAUUGUGUCCGAUUCUUGUUGGCGAAAGAGGCUGUACCAGAUGCUAAGGAUAAAAGAGGCAGCACAGCUUUGCACAGAGGGGCGUUGUUAGGCCACGAUGAGUGCGUCUCAGCCCUGCUGGAGCACAAAGCUUCUGCGCUGUGUCGGGAUUCCUUGGGUCGGACACCCCUGCAUUACGCCGCUUGUAGGGGCCACGCCGAGAUCCUGGCCAAUCUGGUGCAGGCCAUCACGGCCACAGUGGAACUACAAGACAGACUGCUGGACAACAAACAGUAUACCCCACUGCACUGGGCUGCAUACAAAGGAAGCGAGCACAUGUACAGACGCGCCCACCCCACACACGCACACACAGAGCUGCUGAGUGACAAAGGGCAUGAAGACUGUUUGGAGGUUUUACUUGAAUUCAAAACAUUUACUCAUGAAGAGGGAAACCCUUUCACUCCCCUGCACUGUGCUCUGAUGAAUGGUCACAGCGGUGCUGCAGAAAGGCUUCUUGAAUGUGCCGGGGUCCACAUGAUUAACACCAGAGAUGCCAAAGGAAGGACCCCGCUGCAUGCUGCUGCUUUUGCCGAGGACGUCGCAGGUCUUCAGCUAGUGCUUCGCCACGGUACUGAGAUCAAUGCGGUAGACAACAAUGGACGUUCUGCUCUUAUGGUUGCUGCCGAUAAGGGACAUAGUGGCACUGUGGCCAUCCUCCUUCACCGGGCGAAGGCUGACCUCACACUGCUUGAUGAAAAUAGGAACACUGCCCUGCACCUGGCCUGCAACAAGGCCCAUGAAAUGUGUGCUCUGCUGAUUCUGGGAGAGAUCCACAGUCCUACUCUUGUAAACGCAACCAACAGCGCUCUGCAAAUGCCCCUCCAUCUAGCCGCUCGUAAUGGCCUGGCCACAGUGGUGCAGGCGCUGCUGAGCAGAGGAGCCACUGUUUUGGCUGUGGAUGAGGAAGGCCACACCCCAGCUCUGGCAUGCGCGCCCAACAAAGAUGUGGCUGACUGUCUGGCUCUGAUCCUCUCCACCAUGAAGCCUUUCCCCCAACUCGACCCUUCCUCCUGCUCCUGCUCCUCUCCUGGGGUCUCCCCCUCACCAGGCCUCAACUUGCUCAAGCACUGCGGCAUCACGGCCACUUGCGCCUCCCUGCCUAGCAAUGGCCUCCACAACGGCUACGUCAAAGAUCGCCACGGCGCACCGGUGGGCGUCGACGGCUGCCUGUCGGAGUGAGGGACACCAUCGCCAGGCUCCGUCAUGCUGCUUUCACUGUCAUCUACCACCAGUGGGUGUCUCCCUUUAACGUGGCCAAGAGGACCAGGAGAGCACCCGCCUACAUAUCUAUUCUCUGUAUGUAUGUACGUAUGUCUGUGUCCGUAUGUGUGAGUGUUUGGUCUUCUCUUGAGGUGCAGUCAAACUUAAUAUGCAAUUAGAACCCCAUUCCUCCAUCCCAGAGUAGUGCUUACUACGUAGAGGCUUGUUGCUCUACAAGGCCACGCCGAUCAAAUGUGAAAACCAAACUACCGCAAUUUGGCCACGUGGAAGUCAUUCGAACCCUUUAAAAGCAUCAGUUAAGUAACAGCACUGGAAUAAGUUUUACCGUCAUAUCGUUGAGUGAAGUCAUAUCACAUUGGUGACCUUGUAGAGGAACUCCUAGCCUUCCCAAAAGAAUGAUCAAAGAGUUUUCUUUAGAGAUUUUUUUCCCUUUUUUUUUUUUUUUUUUUUUAUUUUUUUUUAUUAAAUUGUACAUUAGCUUAGGUUUUUUUAUUUUAUUUUAAUGAAGGAACCACACAAGGGAAAAGAAAAUUGAAUUAGCUGAAAAGUGCAAUGCUCGUGUACUACAGUACAAUCUGAAAAGGGUCACAAAGAUUCUGUGGUGUACCUUUAAAACAUACAGGUCCUAACUUUUUUUGGCAUCGGAAGAUAACUAGGUGACGCUGCUGAAUACGUACAUUAGUGCGCCUCCUUGCAAAGGAGCGCCACGCCGAUAUCGGCCCCGAAUGCCAACACUGACAUUUUAAACAUCCUAAAUGUUUGUUAGGCUAGAAUGUUUCUAAGAAUAUGUUAUGACCAAAGUUGAACAACACUACUAUGGCUAUAAAAUUAUUUAUUUGAGAUGAACUGUACUGUACAGAGAGAGACAAUAGAUCUUGAUAUACCUCGUCAACUCGUUUAGCAGCUGCUUCAUCAUCUUCACCCAGGGUCCGUAGGCCUGAUGUUUUGUGUUUUGUUUUGUUUUUUUUGUUUUUUAGUAGGUCAGAAUAACUACUGUAGGAUGUAGUGAAGUGACUGAGGCCUUGUUUAUUUGUUAGAUGAAGGCUUUACAAGUAAUAUCUGCCAACAACACCUCAUCAGAGCGUCAUAUAUCUGAGCACAUAAAUGAACAAGCCAUUUCAAUUUAUUUCCCAUCUCUUGAACAGUGUUUGUGCAAAGAUUUCAGAGUUAGCCUGGUCUGAGCAAUAGUUCAGUGUGGCGUUUAGGCCUUUUCUGUUUUUUUCGUGUGUGUGCAUGUCAUUCAGUGUUGAAGGAUUAUUUCUUGAACUUGUCUUAAUAGCUUCUGUCUCUUGGUGGUCGUCAAUUUGAAGCGUAUUGUCUGCUUAUUUUACUGCCUCCAUUGUUAUUAUUAUUUGGCAACUUAUGAGCAAUAUUUUUCUUUUGGCCUUUUUUGUUUGUUUUAUUGAAUAGACAAUCACUGUCACAAGGGCUUUUGUUUCCCUGGAAUGUGUUUGGUUUUCCUUUCGGUCUUACUCUGUGACAGAUGACCUGAAGACUAAACGAAUGGCUCUGCGUGUUUUGGGCAUUUUAAACCGUCUGUGUCAACACAAAUGCACUGGAUUGCCUUUGACGGCGUCUCAUCAAAUGCCUUUUUCGACCCAUGCCUUCCGUCUCUUUAGUUGGACUGCAAAGUGGCAAAAGUAUUAUGAGCCUCUCCUUCCCCAAGACCGAUGAUCUCACAUUUCCCCUCUUUCGAUUGCACGAACCACAUACUGUGGAUGACAACAUUCAAAAAUAAGAAGAAAAAAAAAAGUCCCAGAAAGGAGAUACAUUUGUAUAUUUGCUUCAACCAACACAGUAGAGAUGGCAGUUGACGAAAUCUCUUUUGUCGAAUAUUGGUGAAAAUUCAUGGAAAGUUCAUGGAAUCAAUUUUUGUCAAUCUCUCGGAAUGUUCUAAAUCCAAUUUGCCAUAGCUUGUUCAUCGUUAGAGAGCAGCUCUAGUCAAGACUGAAUGAACAGCACAUAUCAGUGCUUCAAGAGUUGUUAAGGCAACAAUCAAAUCCACACAAUUAUUAUGCCCUUCCCCAGUGCUAAGUUCAGGAAUAGCAAAUAUCCAAAAAUGUUUUGCUUUUUUUUUUUUUUUUUUUUUUUUUAAUUUGUCUCUUCAUCCCAUUUCUGGUACUAAACAUACUAAAUGCAUACUAAAGAUGAUGAUUGUAUUGCGCCGUUAGAGCUGUUAGCAUCACGUUUUCUUUAAAUUUGUCGUUAUUUGGUUCAUCUCCUGGCCGUGAUAACUUUGUACCGUAUCUACUGCUAGUGAAGUGGCACAAUUGCACACAUUAGUUGACCAGAUGGGUGAGGACUGAGACUCACUGAAUCCUCCUUCACUUGAGAUAACUACUAAAAGUCACACUGGCUCCAGUCCGAAGGAGCCUUUUUGCUAGUUUGCCGAUUUGAAAUGAACUUGAUUAUACUCUUGGUUAUAAAUAUAAGGUACAUCAUUCGUUUGUGAUCUCAGGAUCUGUGCUAGAAGCAGAAAGCAAAAUUAAUGAACCAAUCAGAAUAUAGCAGGAUGAUUAGCAUCAGAUUGUUUUGUUUUUAUGUGCGUAGGAUGUUCCAUGAAAUUUGAUUCCUUUUUAGACCUUAAUCCCGGAGCACUUAAAUAGUCAAGCACGCACUUUCGUACAUUCAGGUUCUACGUGUGCAAAAUGGAGCAGAUGUAAUGUAUGUACUUAUGUUUACAUGCAUAUGUGUUGCUGCUGAAUUAUAGGAACAGUCGGCGAGUCAGCGAUUUGCGCCAAGCAUUGAUUAGCAAAAUGUGUCUCUGACAACUCGGGGCGCUGUCCACUGCACGUUGGCUUUUGAUCUCAUUUUUGUGUGCGCAAGUGUGAAUGUGAGUGAGAGCAAGAGAUAACAUUCUCUGAGUGGCUGCACCUUUGUGUUGAAUUUGCCGGGCAGAGUCACUUGAAGUCCAGUGAGGCGACUCGACAUACAUUUCGAGUAGGCUCCUCAGAAACACCACACACUCUGGCCAUUUUUAGGUGCUCGUCUGUUCUGGCAGGGAAGAUAUUUUUUUCUCUAUAGAUGUCCAAAUAUGACCAGUAAAUGGAGCCGUUGCCUCCCUGCAACUAUACAAUCUUAAGUUAGGAUUUAUUGUUCUUAUACAUGCUUGUAUGUUGGGGGGGGGGGUGUUAGUUAUUAGCCAAGUGUUGUGCAUGUGGAUGGUCCAAUCGUAGCAAUAGCGUGAGUGUGAGACAGAUUGCAACGCCAGCGUUGCCAUCUGCUUAGCCGAAGUCAUCCAUGCCACCAGUGGAUUUGAAAUACAAAUGAGGGUUUCCACGCAAACUAUUGCCAAAACCUGUAUACAGGACAUGGGGAAACCUCUCGCGACAGCAUCAAUUUUGCAUUCAUUCAGGCCGUUUACAGUAUGACCAUCCAAUCUGAGCCAUGACUGAAAUGAAUGUCUGCUCGUUGUAGGUUUCUCCUCAAGAUUUCAAGUAGUGCACAAUACCCGGUAGCAUGUACUGUAAGCUUCUUGUUUUAGAGUAUGUGUUGUGGUCUACCUUGAACUGAGAGGCUACAUUGAGGUUGUUGGCUAGUAAUUUCCAUCUGUUUUUAGUGCCAACAACACUUAUUGGUGGGGAAAUUUGACAUCCAUUUCAUUGGGGAUGCCUUAUAAACCGGAACAAAACAAGACAAACUAAGGUCUACAAUAGAAAAUGGUCGCCUAUGUUUGACAAAAAUGCAUCAAAGCAACACCCAUUUAGUGCCAUAGAAACCUUUAUUUGCCUUUAGAUGUAGCUCAAAUUGGUCAGUAACUUGUUCCCCUAAACACAGGAUUAUUAUAACUAUUAUGUUUGGACUUGCAUGUCUUUGUACCAUGUAGGAUAAAAGUAUGAUGAAUAUUUGCAUGAUAUAGUUGGAUACAAGAACUCACUCAGUAAGGUUUUAUAAUUGGACAAAUAGUUUUGGUAUUGGCAAAGCAAUCCCACAGUUGAGUGUUUGCUUAUCAAAGUGUGUGUCUGUCUCAGAACUUAUUUGUUGAUGUCAUAACAAUUUGGAGGGAGAAAAGCAUGGUAUUUUCAGAAUUUCUUUACCUCUAUGGAUGUCUCAGUCUUUACUUGAAACAAUACUGCUAUAUUAAAAAAAAAUGGCAAACUUCAAUUCAACUCUGAUCCACUGUUGAGCCUUUUGCCUUAAAAAGCUUUAGAAAAUGUUUUUAAAAAAUAAUAAUAAUUAAAAAAGGAUUUUGAUCCCUGGCAAUACCUGACACAUUACAUCGCCUGUAUUUGGUUAGAGACGGGACCGCUAAACUGGCAUGUUGGCCUUCAGGUGUCAAGAAGCACACAAAUCUGUCACGGUAGCACAUAAUUGAAGGUUGCCAUGGUGCAGAGAUUGUCCCAGAGGAGGAUAAUGCCAUAUUUGCCACUUUGAAUGAAUGAAUUAAUUCAAUAUACACUUGUAAACAAUCAGCUUGGGCUUCUCCAAAAGGGCCAUGAAGAGUUCCAAGCAGUACGUCUUAAAUAUUUCACACAGAAAGGAAACAAAAUAAUUAUGAUUUUAAUAAUAGAUCGAUAACUAUUUAGAAAAACAAAUGCAGCUAUUUGAAGAGUCCAGAGUUAGGCAAUUGUACUAACCAGCCUAAAUCAGAAACAAUAUUGACAGAUUUAUCACUAGCCUGCGUUUCCUACCUUUACCACGUUGCUUCUUGCUGCACCUUCUCGUACUUUUUAUUGGACCUGCAGUUUUACCUCAUCUUGUGUGUGACGACGCAAACUUUCAGCUAAACUCCCUUUCCCUGCAACAGUCUUGACCCCACGCAUGCAUGAAAGAAGGAUUUCGUCCUUUUAAUUCUAGUUAAGGAUAAGUCAAGAAUGUUUUUUUUUUUCCAGUCAGUCGGUUACCUGUGCCCGUCCUACAAGAUAAUGGGUAUUGUCUAAUCGUAGAAAGGUAGCUAUUUCUAUCAAACAAUUUCUCACCACUGGCCAACCACUUUAUUAGCCAAGACUCUACAUUCCCUUCCCUCCCUCCCUAUCAGUAGGACCUGUGUACUAUCAAGCACAGCGGUGGCACAGUGCCUUUUGUUUGUCACUACCGAAAGGUAUGGUCUUCCAUUUAUACUUCCCGGAAGCCUUAUACAGUACAGUAGGAAAGGGAAAUUUCACUGAACAUAUUGAACCGCAGUCUGAUGGUUCAUCCAACACCCAUAACUCACACUCUGCCAUCUGAUCCUUUUUUGUUUUGAUUUUAGCCACAAAGCAUUGAUGAGGGUGGUGUAAAUUGCACAUUUGUGAAAAAAAUUGGUCACAUGCAGCAUGUGAAUGGAUUGGGAUCAAACGCUAUGAAAGCACAAAUCCAAAGACUGCACCACAAAGUUCUGUUCACUCUCCCGAAACCUAGUUUUAAGGAGCUUUGAGGAUUUAUUUUAGUACAGAGUUGAUUUGACAAUGGGAUGCAUUGAUACCUUUAGCACCAAGGAUGUUGUAGCAUAACAAAGACAUCUUUAAGAAACAAAUGUGUCAGAAGAACAAGAUCUUGAUCAAAAGGUGUUCUAUCAUUGAAGGAUAGCAUGAACGACACCUAUCAGUGUGUCUAUUCACUGAUGGUGGAUGACAGCGAACAGGCCCACCAACAGUUGGCGAAUCGGUGCAUCCCAAGCUUGACUGUCAGUAACACAAACUGUAGAAAGACAACCGUGUGGACUCUCUGAGCUUCUUCGGAGUCCUCUCGACUUUUCGGUAUCCAUUGCCGAUUUCCGGCUCUGCAACACACUUUGCGAAGCAGAGUAACGUCGUUUGUUGUGUUUGAUUUGUGUGUCAUAUAGACUAGACCGAGUACAAGUAGGGUUGCAGUAGUAGCCGGUGUGCAGUGUUAAUAACCGUGUGAAUCGUACUCUAGAAGUGACGUCAUGUGUCGUCUUAAUUGAGGCAUGAAUCUUCUUAAACUGACCUCGUUUGGAAAUAGACAAAAGAUAAAAGUGCAAUAACCUUUUGUUUAUCGUUGCUUCCUCAGUUGAUUAUUUAAGAUGCUUUUAAGUUGAACACCAAAAGUCACUCAGCUAUAGCAAAUAAAGGAUUUUCACCUGUUUGUUUUCAGAGCGGUGGCAUUUGUGUCGUGUGUGUGUGCGCGUGCGCUUUUCCGUUCCUAAAACUGUGAUGCAGCUUUGAUGAGCAGCCUGCUUGGAGGAAGCACCAUGCACAAGUUGGCUGGUAGAUAACAAUGAGCAGGUGUGCCUAUGUUAGUGUGUGUACGUGCAUCCUUACGGAUGACACUAUUGUACUUUGGAAUCUUUUAUUCCUCCACAUAUGGUCUCUUAGCUGGUAGACAUGUUCUUUUGCAUGUUUAGAUGUAUAUGCAGCCUCCUCCUUGAAUGAAACAUUUCUCCAACAACAACAAAAAGUUAAGGAAAAAAAAAAAGUGUUUAGUCCUGCUGUCUGUGAUAUAUACGGAUAAAAGGAGUGUUGAAAAUGCCUUAUUUGUGUUAAUGUUGAGCAUUAAAGGUUCUUGCGUGUUCCUACCUUUUCAGCGUGUAGCCUAAAGCUUGUACAGUCCAACUCCUGAGAUUUCUAUCUACUGUAUAGCCUACUGUACGUAUUUCCUCACUUUGUUACUUGGAGUUGAUUGUGUUUUUUUUCUGAGAAACAUUCCCCUCGAAAGUGCCGUUUGUUUUCACCAGCAGAGGAGCAGUGUCUUUUGAGGGAAAUGAUGAAGGAAGACUUUGCCCGUGUUCAUUGUUGAACCGACAACUCAGGCUGGAUUUACACUACACAGCCAGUGUGACACAAUUAUGACUUUCUUCCCCCCUCCAUGUGACAUACUUUUCAUGUGUCAUGGCAGUGCAUAGUGGGAAUAAAUAUACUCGUGGAAUCGAAUACGCUGACAUUACUUCUCAAUUCUUGAUUAACUGCACUACUCUACCAUGAAUGUAACAAUUCCUUGAUAUUCAGCCAUAUAUGCAUAUCCUCUAGUACCUGCCUACUACGAAAUCCAGCAUAUGCUGGUUCCUGUAUGAGCAAACCCAGUACAAAAUCACACUGAUCUUGCUGGUAGAAAAAACAGUAUAUGCUGGAUUUAUUACCAGGGUUAUCCUCAUUUAGGUUCGAGGGUGAGCUGGCACCCCAACUAAAAUCCUUGGCUGGUUGCUACGUACUUUGUACAGAUUCAUGAAAAUAUGACCCUGUCGCAAACUUUUCCCCACGUAAAUGUUUAGGAUCAUCAUUCAAAUGUAAAUACCAGACAAAGAUAACCCAAAUAAAAAGCUAUUUCGUUUAAUAGUAAUUUUAUGUAUUAAGCGGGGGAAAUUCAAGCUACCUAGCCCUGAGUGGAAACCGUAAUUGCCCCUUAGAAUAGUACAGUAGGUGCUUAGCUAAAACAACUGAAAUGAAGCAAUUUUUAUUGACUGGCAAUGAGUCUUUCACAUCUCUGAGGAGAUAUUUUGGCCCAUUCGUCUGAGCAGAAUUGCUCUAAUUCAUCCGCACUGUUUUUUGAGUGUUUUAAGGUCAUGCCAUAGCAUUUCAAUUUGAUUUAAGCCUGGAUUUUGACUGGACCAAUUCCAAAACCUUCAUUUUAUUUUUGUGGGUCAUUCAAAUCUUGACUUUUGUGUGUCUGGGGGCUUGUUGGCUUGCUGCAGAACCCCAUGUGGUCACAAGCUGAUGACUGAACAUUCUCCUUCAGGGUUUUCUCGUAAAACACAGAAUUCACGGUUCCAUCAUUCGCAGCAAAUCGCCAGGUGCUGAAGCAUUAAAGCAGCCCCAGACUACCAAGUUACCACCACUGUGUUUGACUGUUGACAUGGUGUUCUUUUGUUCUUUUACUCAGAUGUAAACAACAUAAAUACCUUCCAAAAAAGUUAAACUGUCAUUUCAUCAACUACUAGAAUAUUAUCCCAAAAGUCUUGAAUCAUUCAAAUGUUUUAGUGUUUUUUUAUUCAUUGAUUUUUUUUUUUUGUUUGUUUUUGAAGUAACAAAAGCCUUCUUUUUUGUCAGCAGUAGUUUUUGCAUUUGAACUUGCAAUUUUUGCACAGUCUCUUCUCAUUAGGUCAUUUACACCGACCAUAACUGUGGCAAGGGAGGCCUGCAGUUCUAUAAAUGUUGUCUUUCGUCCUUUUCUGACCUCCCAAACGGGUCGUCUCUGUGCUCUUAAGGUCAUUUUUCUUUUUACCACUGUUCCAUGUUUUCACCAUUUCUGCAUAAUGGCUUUCACCAUGGUGUACAGUACUUCUUAAAACUUAAAAAAUACUUUGUAAAUCUUUGCUGACUGAUGUCAAUUAUUUCUUUUUUUUUUUUUUUUUUUAUCUGUUCUUGAAAUUCUUUGGAUUGUGGCAUUUUGUUGCAGCGUUUUGAGCUUUUGUUUUUGGCUGACUUCUUUUUAUCAUACAGGUCCUAAUUAUUGAUUGAGCAGAUCUGGGCUUGGGUUUGUUUUGGUGAAUGGAAUUUAGCUUUUCAAAUGUUGAGAUAAACCACAGUUAAUUCAUGAUUUAACAAUCGGGGCAAUUACUUUUUGUUACUUGGUCGAGUAGCUUUUUUCCCUUAAUAAUACAAUUCCAAUUUAAAAAGUAUUUCAUCUAUGUGUGUAUAAGUUAGCUUUGGCUACAAUGCGCACUUACGGUACUAUUAAAACAUCUUCUAUGUAAAUCCAGCCUGAUCGAAAUAAGGCCGCGAGGAUUUUUUUUUUUGUUUUUUUGUUUUCCUCUUUAGCGAGCACCUUUUUACUGCGUGGUGGAAGUCGCCUCGCCGUGCUUGAUUACUCUAAAACAGAGCCAUAUUGGAGAACUUGUCCCUUAGGAGCCCCCUUGAAUGUGUUAUGAAGAAUAGCCUACUGUAGGAAAGGAUGUGUACCUGCAUGUCUUGUGACAUUUUAGGAGUGAUUGUGUGUCUUUGUUUCAUUUAUUGGUUUUGUUUAGUCACUGUAGAUGUUGCCACCUCAUUAAUGCUCACAAGCUAUCAACAAUCCUCACAACUGGACUUGAAGCAGGUGUUGAUCUGCUGCUCAGGCAGCCUUAAGUCUAAAAAGAAACAGGUAGAAAAUGGGUUGCCUGUUUUAACUUGGAGUGGCUUAUCUAGGGACAAACAAGUGAGCCCUAAUCAGGAGUGAAAUGAUUCUGUAUCAGGGCAUGUGAUGAGUUACAAUCAGCUAAUUUCACAGGGCACCUUUACAUUGAAGAAUUGUACACAAAAGAGUUGGUGCAUCUACCCAACAUUCCAAAGUUGACUCCAUAUUCCACGGUCUUGUCCGUCUGAAUAGGCUUGUAAUUGUUUUUGCUUUACGGGUGAUUGAAGUGGCCUCCUGCGUGUGCUUGUGUGCCUGCGUCAAUGACAGGGUUCCCUAGUUAGCCUGAUUACCUCAUUUACAAUAUCUGCAAACCUACUUGUUCUACUGUGCGCUAAAGGAGUCAAUGCCAUCACCAGCAGCAAGACCUGUGAUGACAACAGGACCGACCAACGUGUCGAAAUUAGAUAGAAACUGGGAGAAACUCUUAAAGAUAAGGUUUGGUACGGUUUGAAUUUCUUGUAAGGUGUUGUGAAUUGAUUUAGGAGCUCAUCGAGUGGAAUCAAGAGCUUCCAGAAUUUUCCUAAAACCUAAAUAUUUGAUUCUUGACAGCCAUAUUAUAUAAUCUCAUUCAACUAAAAAUAACCUUUUUUUAUUCUGAGUAAAAGUAUUUGGAUGGAUUUAUUUUUUUAAUUCGUGUACACUAAGUACGGAUCUCCGUUUUAUGAGCCAAGAGCUCAGAACACUCAAAUGGCUUAUAAGUGGUCAAGCAUUGCAUUGAUUUAACAUUUGGCGAAAACAAAACAUAUUUUACCCAAUAAAAACGGGGAGAUCGAGGAAUUGAAACUAAAGUUUACUUGAGGUGAAGUAUAAAUUUGAUGGGCUGUCCAAGUUUUUUAAAUUGAAUUGGCUCUGCAAGAUGAGCUGCCUUACUACAAGUCGACUCACCACCUAGUGGAUUUGAAGCAAACCUUGGUGUUUUGCAACGUGUUGUUCUUUGUAGCAUUUCUCCUACCUCCUUGUUUUCGCAGCUUUGAAUAUGCUUUGUUUCCCCACCUUGUUCUUGCUUGAAGAGCUCGCCAGUAUGGGAGUAAAAGUAAACUUUAACCGAAGCAAUGGUAGUUUAAAAAGAAUUGUGUAUUCGGUUGUGUUUGUAUGUGUCGAUGUCUGGGGGUAAAAAAAAAAAAUAUUUAUGAGAAGCAUUUAUAUGACGAACACCACUGGAAUGUGAAGCCAGAUAAUGUCACAAUGCAGAUUAUGAUGAUAGUCCCCUUUAACAUUUAAGUGGCGUACUGCGGAGUCAUCUUGUAAAAAACAGGCAACCAUGUAUUGACUUUUAUUUCCCCCUUGAAAUCUUGUUUUUCACCUCUGGCUGUAACUGUAAUUUCAUUCUGGAACAGUAUUGAUUACCUUGGAAUGUGACAAUGUUACAAGUUGUCGCUGGUGUGACAAUGGAAGGGUGGAUUAGUGAUUCGGCACCAGGGGUGAGACUGUGAGUGCUCUCCUUGCCGUUUGCCUUUUAAAUCCAUCCGUUCACUCUGCGUUCUCACAUGUUGUGCUUGGUAGGCGUCCUGUCUUUGCGCCCGGUUCCAGCACCCUGCGUUCAGUUUGACAGCAAGGGGUUUAGGAUAAGGUUUGAGGUUAAAUCCCUACCCCCCAAACCCACCUAGUUUCAAACCCUAUGCAUCCACCUCCAAAGCAAGACAGGACCGAUCCGCCCCCUACCCUCAUUCCACCCGCUUCCUCACCUCAGACUUCAACCAGUUCAUAUUAAUUUCUCUUAAGUUUAUUCGACAAUGCAAUCCUGAAAGCACUUUGCCUUGUUAUUCCUUUGUGUGAACAUGUGAAUGAUGGUUUGUUACAAGAAAAAAAUGUUAAAUAUGUAAAUGAUCAUUCAAUGUUUUGGAAAAACCUGCAUUUGUCUUUCUGACAUUAAAAGAAAAAAAUUAUUUAGUGACAUUCAAACCUAUGAAUCUAUUUUAUAAAAUGUUUGCUGCAGCCAAUUGGUCUCGUCAUUCAGUAUUGUGGCUUAGGGUUGUUUGUGUUCAAUAAAGUG